UCCGCUGCAGGGCACUGCAUCCUUUCCAGCCUGUACCCGGCCUAGUUACUUGUGGCGCCAAAUGAUGACUGCCAACACAAAAUUUAGGUCGGAUUUCAAAGCACAACAGGGAGGUAUUUGAAGAAAGAAGCUCAAGAGAAGGCCAGCAAUGGCGCUUGCCAGUGCUACAGCAGGUGCUGGGGCACCCCCAGCUGCAGAGCAGGGUAAGCGGAGUCCUCCCAUUUUCUGGUCAGAGAAGACCGAGGAGAGAUUCAUCCAAUUGUGGGGUACAGAGCAUGUGAGGCUUGAGCAGGGCAACUUUGCAAAGCACAACUGGGAGAAGCUUUGCGAGGAAAUCAAUGCAGAACCAGACGAAGGGCAGCCUCAGUACAUUGUGAAGCACUGUAAAAAUAAAAUAGAUGGGCUGAAGAAGAGGUAUCAAGCAGAGCUAGACAAAAAGAAUGGGACGGGGUCGGUGAAUAGCCAAUGGGUCCACUUUGAGCGCAUCGGUCCUUUCUUGAGGAAGCUUCCUAAGAUUGCAGGCAUCCCUGGGGCUUGCGACAGUGACGCCAGGGUGCCUUCAGCAGCUGCCAAGACUGCAGCCAGAGGGUGGACCGACGAGGAGCGAGAAUAUUGGGCACAGGGGGAUGGGACGGAAGGAGAGGCGCAAGCAGCGGAGAGAAGUGCUGCCAGCCAGGAGCAGGGUGGCGGCGGGGAGAGCAGCUCCCCGCCAGUUGCUGAGAAGCCAGAGGGAAGCAAUCCUUGCAAGCCUGAUGGGAAGGAGGCCGAUGUGGUAGAGUUGAGCCCCACGGGAAAGUUCAAUCAGAAGCCGGGAGUAAAUGGCCAGAGCAACAAAGAAAACAGAGUUAGACUUGCAAUUGGCAAAGAUGCAUAUGGAUCUCAAGAUGGAGAUCGAGAAGAUGAGGCGCGGUUUGUAAUACAUCAAUGCAUUCAGAUGGUAGAGCUUCGCAAGUGA